AUGCACUAUUGCCUCUUCGUAAAUGUCGCCCAUCUUGGCGAAAAGGGGUUUCCGCAACAAUGCCAUAAGGCGGGCGAAGGUCGUCCUUCCCGCUGUUGGGCUCGUCCCGUAAGCUUCGUUCCUUCAGCACUUCCCUCUCCCCCUGGCUCACACAUAGACGGAACCAUGGCCACCGCAGACGCGCUGAUAGCGAGCCUCAAAGACGUUGACGGCGAUGCCUUCACGGACAAGGCCGAGCGGGUACGCGCGCGGGACGCCCUCUACGAGGCGUUACGCAAGGUCCAGACGCCGUGGGACAUUGCCUGGGACCACAUCGUCGUCAAGGGCGGCGGCAACGCCGCCAUCAAGACGCUCAUCGACGCCGGCGUUUUCAAGAAGUGGCACGAGGCCGGUGGCGGGCACAUCACCUGCGACGAGCUCGCAGAGCUCACCGGCGCCGAUGCCCUCCUCAUCCGACGCAUGAUGCGUGCCCUAGCAGGCCAGCGCCUCGUCAUCGAGACCGACCUCGACACCUACGCCCGCACGCCGUGGGCGCGGGCCCUCGGCGAGGACGCGCCCCUGCCGGCCAUGUACGGCGGCUUCUACGGCGAGCUGACGAACCCCAUGUUCCGCAGCCUGCCGUACUUCCUUAGGGAGACGGGGUACAGGAACCCGACAGACCGGAAUAACUGCAACUUCCAGCGCUGGCAGGGCGACCCGGACGCCGUCUUCUUCAAGUACGUCGGCACGAACCCGCUGCUGACGUCCGACUUCAACGACGUCAUGGAGUGCCACUCGCGCGACAAUCUCACGCCGUGGCCCGACGUGUACCCCACGAAGCGGCUCCUCGAGGGCUUGCACUCGGAUCGUGCCGUCGUCGUGGACAUAGGCGGCGGCAAGGGGCACGAUUUGAAAAAGUUUCAUCUUCGGCACCCACAGGUCCCCGCGCGGAGCCUGAUCCUCCAGGAUCUCCCCGACUUUCUCAAGAACGUCGAGCCGGACCCGGCUUUCACGAUACAGCCCUACGACUUUUUCACGCCGCAGCCGGUACGCGGGGCACGGGUGUACUUUUUGCACAACGUGCUGCACGACUGGCCUGACCCAACAGCCGUGGAAAUCCUCAAGACGAUAGCUGAGGCUAUGGAGAGGGGGUAUUCGAAGGUACUGAUCCACGAGAGCCUCAUCAGUGAGAAGGAGCCGCUGUGCAAGGUGACGGCGACGGACAUGAUCAUGAUGGCUGGGCUGGCGUCGGCGGAGCGGACCGAGGGGCAGUGGUGUGAUCUAGUCGCAAGAGCGGGCUUGCGGGUGGUGAAGAUCUGGAGGCCGGUGCAGGCGGUCGAAAGUGUCAUCGAGGCGGAGCUCGCGUGA